AUGGCCAGCAGCAUUGGUGAGAUGGCGGUGAUUGCGCACCGCUUCAUCACCUCACCACAGACGAGCCCACAGGCCUUCUGCAAUGUCAUCAAGCUCAAAAACGGCGCAGAAAACCGACUGCUAGUGGCCAUGGCGAGCAGCAUUGGUGAGAUGGCGGUGAUUGCGCACCGCUUCAUCAUCUCACCACAGACGAGCCCACAGGCCUUCUGCAAUGUCAUCAAGUUGGGCACCUUCUGCCGAACCGUGGUGUGGCCAUGCUUGCCGCCACUGAUGAUGUACCAGUACAUCCGUGGAAAGGAUGAGGACAUGUACUCCAUUGACGUGCUCUACUACAAGUCUGGCUCCUCUGAAACCAAGGCCUUCUGGGAUGGUUCCCGGGUCCGGGGAUCUGGACACUGGCGCCUCAUGCAGGACUUGGAGACCAUCCGCGCCUUCUGCAAUGUCAUCAAGUUGGGCACCUUCUGCCGAACCGUGGUGUGGCCAUGCUUGCCGCCACUGAUGAUGUACCAGUACAUCCGUGGAAAGGAUGAGGACAUGUACUCUAUUGACGUGCUCUACUACAAGUCUGGCUCCUCUGAAACCAAGGCCUUCUGGGAUGGUUCCCGGGUCCGGGGAUCUGGACACUGGCGCCUCAUGCAGGACUUGGAGACCAUCCGCGCUGCUGCCAAUUCUGAGUGA